AUUUGAUAAGAAUGUAAUUUAAGUAACAUGUAAGUGUUUGCGAAGCCACAAGCCUACAAACCCGCAUAUAUUAAAGACCGUCACGCAACCGUGUAUCUUUAAUCGUGGUUACUGAUACGUCAAAACUCAGGUGUCAGCUAGCGAGAACAAAUUGUUAAGAUGCCAACAACCCGUUACACACAUGCAGUAGUUAACCGUUUACCACGGUCGCUAAAAGACCGGCAACCGACGUUGGACUACGAUCGAGCGAAACGGCAACAUGAGAACUACGUUCAAGCCCUGCGAGACAUUGGUCUUGACGUGAUCGAAAUGCCAGCAGACGAAGAUACACCUUGGUGUGCUUUCGUUGACGACACCGCAUUUGUGUGUAAUGGUACGGCGAUCAUCACUAAGCCUGCUGAGCCCGAGAGAGCAAAAGAAGUUGAAGCAAUAAGAGCGGUGUUGAAGAAAGAAAUUGGUUUGCCUAUUGUUGAGGUUUCUGAUAAAUCUGCAAAAUUACAUGGAAGCGAUAUAUUAUUUACAGGUCGAGAAUUCUUCAUUGGAAUAACAAAAUGGACUAAUGAAUCAGGAGCAUGUGCAGUUGCGUCUGCAUUUCCCGAAUAUCCUUGUACUCCAAUCAAGGUUACAGAAAACAAACAUCUAAAAACAAUUGUGUCAAUGGCAGGACCAGAUCUUAUGUGCGUGGGCUCAAGUGAUUCUUCAAAAAAUGUUUUGAAGAGACUAGAAAGAGAAGCUACAUAUAGCUACCAAAUUCUUACAUUACCUGAAGAUGAAGCUGCCAAUGUUAUGUACAUUAAUGGUACAUUAUUACAUCGGUCAGCCAAAGAAAUACCAUUAUCAUUCAAUGUUUUAGCGGAGAAAAUAACUGACUUUACUCUACAAUCAGUAGAUAUUUCUGAACUUUUAAAAUGUGAAGGAGCCAACUUAAAUUCAUGUUGUCUUUUAGUCAGACGUACAAAACAUAUUCGAAGCUUGUAAUUUAUUAUCAUGUUAAACAAUUCAUUCCCUUACAUCAGUAUUAUAUACAACACUUCUCAUGACCAACUUAUUUAUUUACACUUUCACACACAAACAUUGUGUCCUAAAUUCUAAUACUCAUUAGUUAUUAUUAUGUUUCAUGACAGCUUUAAAAAAUAUGUAUGUGUACUAAAAUUAAUCUUAACAUAGUAUUUUAAUUAAUUAAUUUGUUCCUUAAAAGAAUUUUAAAUAAUUGGAUCUGAUAUUAUGGCUAAAAUUUAGUAUAAAAUUUUUAAUAAUAUAUUUAAUAUUUAUUGAUAAGACAAUAUUAUAUAAUAUCCAAAAAUAAGAAUUAAAUUAUUGUUUCCUUUAAAAAAG